UUUAAAGUUUACAAUUUGUAAAAGUGGCUUAUAUACUGCAUGAAUGUUUAUUUUGGUUCUAUCUAAAUAUUUUGAUACGUUAAAAAAAUAGUUGAUAUUCCAAUGAAAUAACGCACCCAGUUUCAUUUUACACCGAAUUUUGACUACAUUGCGAUGGGUCCACCCCCCGUAGUAACGGGGAUAUCUCCAAAAGAGGGUCCUCCUGGGACGAGAGUCACAAUACGUGGAGAAUUCCUUGGCACUAGUGCUAUAGAUCUAAUCGGUCUUAAAAUAUGCGGUUGUGACUGUCUGCUAUCAGCCGAAUGGAAAAGUAAGAAUAAAGUAGUUGCACGCUCAGGACCAUGCAAAGGACUUGGAGAUAUUACUGUCACCACCCGUUCAGGAGGAGAGGGUACAUCCACAGUUCAGUUCCGAGGUUACCAUGAAUCAAUUGGUCCUGUAAAAGAAAGUGCAGUGUGGGUAGAGGAAGCAGCGCCACCAUCUCUGCCAUGGGGUAGGCGGCCCAUGUCUCCGACAACCUACACUCCACCUGACCCUCUGGGUUUGUCAACCGAAGGGGAAGACUGCAAAUUUCCUGAAGAGGAACUACAUGAGAUGUUUCCCGAUGGAUCAGGUAAAUUGUCAGACGAAAAUUUUCAACCUGGAUGGUAUUUAUUGGAACAUCACAGCAACACUUCUUUUGAAGACUUAAAAGCCGGAAUGGUGUUCUUGCAGCGAAAGGUAGAAGGUCAGAAAGAAGGACAAUUGAGCUUCCUAAAAGCGAACACUGGUGCUGUCAUGGAUCAACUCGACAGGCUGGUUCUACUUAAGAACAUGUAUGAAGAAGAUCAGAGAAAGAACGGCAAAGAACCGUUACAAAGUCUUGAAACAGCUAUUGAAGAUUCGAUUAAACUGGCCGAUUCGUUGUUCUUGGAGAUAUUGUCGCGCAAAGAGAACGCGGACAAAACUCGCGAGGCGCUCUCGUUGCUGACUCGCCACAAGUUCCUCUUCCAGCUACCGUCCUCCAUAGACCAGAACAUACGCAAGAAGGAAUACGACCUGGUCGUUAAUGACUACAACAGAGUCAAGAAUCUGUUCGGGAAUACAGAUGUGAAGCUCUUCCAAAAAAUACUAUCCGAAAUCGAUAAAAAAAUUGAAGAUUUGAAAGAGAAAUUGUUUGUCAGAAUGAAGACCAUGCCCAUCAAUGUCCAGGAACAAAUGAAAUAUAUCAGGUUGUUAAUAAGUUUGAAAUGGGAAGAGGACGCGGCGUGGGUGGCCAUAACCGCUCGCAAGGAGUACCUGAUGAGUCUCCUGAAUAAAGUCAAAGAUCAUUUCAAACAAAAAGAAGAACAAGAUAAUAACGAGAAAGGGAAGCGGCACAAGUCCCGCGAGGAGGCCGAGGCGGCGCGUCGCUCGGCGUGGUGCGGCGCGGCGUGCGCGGCGCUGUCGGCGGAGCUGGCGGCGCUGUGGGCGCUGGCGCGCGCAUACUUCGCCGCCGAGCUCGCCGGGCAGCCCGCCCUGUCCGAACGUCACGCGCAGUUCAAGGAAAUGAUAAUAGCUGGUGUCGAAUUAUUUUCGGAGCAUAUGCGUGCCUGUCUGCUGUCGGGCGGCGGGGUCACGUCCGCGGACGCGGCGCGGGCCCGGCUCGUUGCCAAUCUGCGGCACCUCAGGGAGGCGUACGAGUCUCUGCUGAAAUUGGAUCUGCCCUCACAGCCACUGAGCAUAGUGGAGCGCGUGAUAUACGACUACCGCGUGCACGGCAUGGUCGUGUUCCUCCAGCGAGCUCUCAAGAGGGUCAAAGGUCUCGCCGACAAGGAAACAUGGAAGAUCGAAGAGUUCACGGAAUAUGGAGCCAUCACUAAACUGCCUCAUCUAUUGGAGACGUACGUGAAGGAGGCGCUGUCGGAUAUUCACAAGUGCGUGUGGUGCGGCGGGCGGCGUGAGAGUGCGGCGCUGGACGCGGGCCCGCUGCACGAGCACACGCGGCACGUGCUGCACGCCUACACCAGGGUGCUCGACGCGCUCGCCAACGAUCACUCGGGACAGGACUUCAACAACACGAGCUUGUCGGUGGCGUUGGACCAGCGUCUGGAGGAGACGGCGGCGAGCGGCGCGGCGGCGGACGAGGGCGGCAGCUGGCAGCGGCGCCUGCUCGUGGCGGCCGUCAACGCGCGCUACACCAGGCGCGUCACGCUCGCCAACAUCGCGGCGGCCUUUGACGAAUGCACAUUCCCGCAGCCCACGCAAGCACUAAAAUCGGCCGAGGAAUCGUUGAGUUCUCUAGAAGCGUCCAUAGCGGAAACUUACCUAGAGCACAAGGGCGACCCCCUGGUGGGCACCAUCGAGCCCAGCAUGUACAUGGGGAGGCACAAGGUGGCCUCCGCGGAGCUCGUCGACGACGCGCGCCCUUAUGUCUACGAGAUCAUUAACAACCUAAUAGCCGUACACGCCGAGACUGACAGCGUGUGUGGCGCGUCGGCGGGGCGCUACGUGCGCGACAUCUGCGAGACUGUGUGCGAGGAGGUGGCGCGGCUGGCGGCGUGCGCUCCCCCCGCGCUGCCCCGCCCCGCCGCCUUCCGCGCCACGCUCGAGUACACGCUGCUCUCCGUCGCCAUCAGGGACCACCUCACCAGGAAGGCAGAAAACUACUUAAAGGAGGCUCUAGCGGCCGUGCCGCCGCUUGAACUUGAAGAAGAUAAAAUACGUAUGCAAAGUAUUGUAGAGGAUUUCAAGAAACGAAUGGCACUUCAGCUGGCGAGUUUGAAUUGUAACACGGAGACAGUUUAAUUUACGAAUUCACUUCAGUAUUAUCAAAGAAUUCAUUUUGAAUGACGAAAUUAAAUAUGAUAAUGGCCUUUGAAUAGAAUUAAAGUGGACACCGCGAAUAUGUUUAUUUUAUUUACAUUUGUCUUAUUUUAAUGUAGAAAAUAGUUAUUUUAAUCGUAAAUGCAUAAAAAAACAGGGGUGGACAGACGUUUGUCUUCAAAAUCUAGCAAAAGUAGCAAAUGUUAUGAUGGCGGAAUUAUUUGCACACAAACCACAGACCAUGAAAUCACAAGAAACCACAGACUUAUAAAAUGUUUGAAACAUUACAGUGCAAAAAAUUUUUCUGGGUCAAUUUUUUUUGCUUCUAAGACGUGUAAUCUCUGUUAUAUCAGCUGUAAUAUGGAAAACUUUUGCUAAAAAAGGUUUUUUUUUUCGGAAAUGUCGUUUCUUUUGUAUUUCACUUUGGAAAGUUCUUUUUUUUGUAUGAGAGAUUGAAAUUUUAAAACCAAUCGCAUAAAUUUUAGGAAAUCUCAUCUAUAACUAAUAUCUAAUUCGUGUAACAAAAAAUAAGAUCAAAAUUUUAAACCAUGGCAGUGUUGAUAACAAACACUAUUAAAAGAAUUGAGUCUUCCACCUCUUUCUUGAGCCUCAGUGCCAUGCAACACCAGACUGUCACAGAGUUCGUUAAUUAACCGAUAUUUAUAAAAAAUCACUAAAGUCCGGCCGCUGGAAGAAUGCGCUCGUGAUUUUACGAUUUUUGUUACGAUGUAACUUUGAAGUAGGGUUUAAUUUACGUUUAUUAUUUGUUUGACCUACAAAUGUAUAAUUAUGAUUAAUAAGUAAAAGGUUAUGUCAAUUUAAAAUAAAUAUCAUAAUCUUGCGCUAAAUUAAAGUUAAAUCUUUCAUUCCCCGACCCUACCUCUACCGUACCGUGUAGAUGUCAAUAUAAAUUGUCACGAUAAAUUUACACGAAAUGUCACUAUGAAUUAAUUCUCCGUCUCCACCUCUACCAUACCGUGUAGAUGUCAAUAUAAAUUAAGUUUUUUUUUUAAAUGUAUAUUUAUUUAUUCAUAUAUUUAAAAUCAAAGGAAACACUAAGCAAAGU